UUAGAAUCUGUGGUGCUGAAGUCAAAGCCCAAGCCCAAAUAAGCGGCAAGGUAGAGUGAGUGAAUCAAUAAUCAUCACAUCAGGUUACUAAUAAGUAACAUAGUGAUAGUCGCCAGAAGGUGCGUUCAUCUUUCCUACUCUUCUUUGAUUUAAGAAUGAUUCGAAGUCCACCUAAAUUCUGGUACGUAAAAGUCAAAUCUCAUUUAAUUCUCAAGCAAAAGAAGAACUCAAAUCGUGCCUCUAAAUAAAAGAAACCGACAAUGUGAUCAAUGAGAAUACGACCAUUUCAACCAUUUUAUUGUUUAAAUCUCUCAGUUAUUAGAAGUUAGAACCCCCAUUCCCAAACAAUAUCGAUCAGAUCAUCUUCUACUCCAAGUAGUUAUUCUUCCUUUUCAACUUCGGACCUUUUCAUCCCCAACUCCGGCGAAAUGUUGUCAUCAGAUGAUCUGGGUGCCGAUGAUAAGGUUUUCACGUAUGGAGUCAUCCGCGGCAAAGAAGUCGCCGCGGGUAUGAACGGCUGAAUAACGAGUCAUCCAUGGAUGAGUCUGAGUCCGAAAUGAAGAUUGUGAAGUCACCUGUUAAGAUGCUUCGUUCCUCCAGGAAGAAACAUAUGCAGGAGGGGACAACUGUAGUAACUCCACCACAGGCACAGGCACAGGCACAGGCACAGGCACAGGCACAGGCACAGGCACAGGCAGAGCACAACAGAAAGCUUGGCAAGAGUCACCCACUCCUCAAUCUUCUUGAUCCCCAGCGAAGCAAGAAGGCCAUGAAAAAGCCAGAAUUCUUGAGGUAUCUGGAGUAUGUGAAGGAGACUGGGAUUUGGGACCCUGAAUCAAAUAGGCCCGUUAUAUAUUUCAAAUGAAAAAAAUAAAGACUUUUUUUUUCUGUUUUUUUUUCUAUGAUUUUCAUUUCAAGUCUUAUCCAUGUAUGAUUGUCAUAGAAUUCAAUGGGUACUCUAUGAUUUCAUAUUUUUCUUUGU